CUUAGCUUCCUUCCAAUCCCCAGCUCACCUUCAAGAAGAUAAGCUUCUUUACAAGUAGCAACCAUUUUUUUUCCUCCAUUUUCGAAACAACCAAAAACACUUAAAAAAAAAAGAAAAUCCAUUCUAUCUCAAAACCUCAAGAAAACACCAAGCCUUAAAACAGAUGAUUUUCUUCAGUAAUUCUCCCCAACCAGCAUUUUAAAAUAUCUCAUUUUCUUCCUUGAAUUUCUUCCUUGAAAAAAAGAGAGCGCUAUAUAUAGAGGGAGAGCGGGAGAGGGAAAAGAAUGUCAGUUUUGGCAGCGAAUCCUCACGUUUUAUACAGAGAAGUGCAGUACCACAAUAAAGACCAACAACAACAGUUAUGGAGUGGUGGUGGUGGUAGCGGUUUAUUGUUAUCGCAAAGAACUUCUUUUGGGUGUUCUUGGUUUGAUGGCAGAAACAAAGACUUCUGUAAAAAGAACUCAAAGAGAGAUCUUAAAGUAGCAGCGUCUUGGCCAGAUAUGACUAGGCCAACCUCCUUAGAGAUGGAACCCAUCGAUGAUUCUCAACAUCUUGAUAAGAUUCUCCUUCAGGCUCGCGAGCUUUCCCAGCCCAUUAUCAUUGACUGGAUGGCUUCUUGGUGCCGGAAAUGCAUUUAUUUGAAGCCAAAGUUGGAGAAAUUGGCUGCUGAAUAUGAUACCAGAAUCAGAUUUUAUUGCGUGGAUGUCAACAAGGUGCCUCAGGCUCUAGUGAAGCGUGGAAAUAUAUCUGUAUGUUUAAUUUAUACUCUUGUCUCAGUUAGUUUCUUGACUUCACCAUUGUCUAAUUUUAUUUUUAUUCUUUGGGGUCCUUCUUGCCAGAAAAUGCCUACCAUUCAGUUAUGGAAAGAUGGAGAGAUGAAAGCAGAGGUGAUUGGAGGGCACAAGGCAUGGCUUGUGAUGGAAGAAGUGAGAGAAAUGAUCCAGAAAUUCGUAUGAUAUCUGCACUGUACAUAACGUUAUAGCCUUCUGUUCUUGUCUUCAAUUCCCAUAAAGAAAGUCAGAAAUAUGUACAGUGGAACUCUUGAGUCACUCCAUUUACUCUCUAAAAAGAACCUGGCAAGUAAAGAGGUAAAGCUUUGGUAGUAAAUUGCUAUUAUUUUUAUUA